AGGACGAUCUGUACUAUCAUUUUAUAAAAGAAUUUUAUGCUUCCGCGAGGCUCUCUCCUACUCGGCCGCAGGCUCUGCCACUGACUUGAUGCGUACUGUGACUUGCCUUGUAUCCCUCUCCGUGUCUCUGUGUCUAAUCUGUAAAAUGAAGGGAAGACAAGAUCCCUAAAGUCACUUUUCAGGUUUUCCGAAUGUAAUUGAAUGUCUGUUAUGUCUUUUGAGCCACGUAGUCCGGAGGGGUAUCCUGUGCCUUACCUUACUGGGUGCUCUGAGUCCAGUUCUGUAGUCUUCAAUUAAUCAGACAGACACCAUGGAGGCACCCCCAGUUACCAUGAUGCCUGUUACUGGGGGCACCAUUAACAUGAUGGAGUACCUGCUUCAGGGAAGUGUUUUAGACCACAGUUUGGAAAGCCUUAUCCACCGCCUUCGUGGUUUAUGUGACAACAUGGAACCUGAAACUUUCCUUGACCAUGAGAUGGUAUUCCUCCUGAAGGGCCAGCAAGCCAGCCCAUUUGUCCUGAGGGCCCGGCGCUCUAUGGAUAGAGCAGGGGCACCCUGGCAUCUGCGUUACCUGGGACAGCCAGAAAUGGGAGACAAGAACCGAUACGCUUUGGUGCGAAACUGUGUGGACAUUGCCACAUCUGAAAACCUCACAGAUUUCUUGAUGGAAAUGGGCUUCCGCAUGGACCAUGAGUUUGUUGCCAAGGGACACUUGUUUCGUAAGGGCAUUAUGAAGAUUAUGGUAUACAAGAUUUUCCGCAUCCUGGUGCCAGGGAACACAGACAGCACUGAAGCCUUGUCGCUCUCCUAUCUUGUGGAAUUAAGUGUUGUUGCACCAGCCGGGCAGGACGUGGUCUCUGAUGACAUGAGGAACUUUGCUGAGCAGCUGAAACCUCUGGUUCACCUGGAGAAAAUAGACCCCAAAAGGCUCAUGUGACUAAGACAGUCUGUCCUCAUAUGUUAGAAAAAAGAUGUUAUAAAUGCCCCAGUUUACCACUGCCAGCCAGGUGUUGCUCAGGAAGGACAGUGAGAAUUUGCUUGGUUCUUUGCAGUGUAUUCCUCGUGAGGUUUCACAUUCAUGGCAGCCUUUUUAUUUAAAAAUUUUUUUUUUUUAUUUUUUGGUACUUGGAACUGAACCUAGGGACGCUUAACCACUGAGC